CCCGCAUCCACGAGCAGAGGUGGAAGUGGAAGCAGCAGAAAGAAGCAUUAUCCAGAUCAGGACGGAUCAAAAGAAGACAAAAACGGAUUUUUUUGACGUAUCAUUGCGAGGAAAAAACCGCACACGCACAUCAUUUUUCUUCGUUCGCACAGCAGUGAGCAUACACAGUGAAUCAGUCAUCAGUAUUAUUACAACUAGAGAGUGAAAAAAAGAACAAGAGUGCCACCGAGGUGAAAAAGAAUUCAUUCCAGAAAAGAGUGGAAAAUUUAUUGAAAAUUCCGUCUGUGGGUUCCACGUUUUUUCCCGUGACUCUUGUGGCUACUUCGAGGUUCGAGUUUGGAACUGGGAAGUGCGUUGUAAGGGAAAAUAAAGGAAGAAAGAUGCGUUUCCGAGUGGGCCGAAUUGCGGCGCUGCUGGUGGUGCUUGGAGUCGUCGGAUGGAUGAAUUCGGUCAGCGCUGCCAAGUCGCAGGUGAUUGAACUUGACGAAAGCAACUGGGACCGGAUGUUGACGGAGGAAUGGCUGGUGGAAUUCUACGCUCCCUGGUGUCCGGCAUGUAAGAAUCUUGCUCCUGUGUGGGACGAUCUGUCGACCUGGUCCGAUGAUUUGAACAUCAAAACAGCCAAGGUCGAUGUGACGACCUCGCCCGGAUUGAGCGGAAGAUUUUUUGUGACUGCGCUGCCAACAAUAUUCCACGUCCUGAAAGGAGAAUUCCGCCAAUACAAGGGACCCCGUGAUCUGAAUUCGCUGAUGACCUUCGUUGAGGAGAAGAAAUGGCAACAGUUGGAACCGGUAUCGGCCUGGAGCAAACCGGACUCCAUCCAGAUGUCGCUGGUGUCGCAGUUCUUCAAGCUGUCGCACUUCUUGAAAGUAAGUAAAGACUACUUCAAGGAAGUCAACACGAUGCUCUCGAAGGAGUACGGCCUGCCCGUGUGGGGAUCGUACGCCCUGUUUGCCAUCGGAACCAUCCUUCUCGGUGCCAUCCUCGGACUGAUCUUGGUGUGUGUAAUCGACUUCAUGUUCCCUCCGAAAUCGGCCCAACGCAAGAGCUUCUCCGAGCACAAGAAGAACCUGCAGCAUGAGAUAGUUGCCGAGGAAAUCAAGGGUGAUGAGCUGGAAGACGAAGACGAACAAGUCGCCGGAGUCCUAGACGAAAUAGGAGACGAAGACGAAGAAGAUGAGGAAGAUGUGGACGAAACAUCCGAUGGGGAAAAAUACUCCGGAUCGGACUCGGAAGAAGCAGCCCCCGAGAGCGAGCAAAAGGACGACGCCGUAAAGCAAGAGAAAGAUUCUCCAGCCCCUUCACCGAAGGCCAGUCCAAAGGAGGAAACCAAAAAGGACACCAACGCCGGCAGUCCGGAUGUACGAAAACGCAAAUCUCGGAAGGCAGAUUGAACAGAACGCAGCACCAACGGUAGCAGCAGGUAAGUGGUCCGUCAAGAAACCUCGUUGCGAUUUACGCCCAAGAAAGAACCUUGAAAAGACUUAGAAAUGCGGGAGCAGCAGCAGCAGCAGGAGAGAAGAAGAAACAGAACCACUUGAGCUAUUCUCUCAGCAAAAAAAUAGCCCAUGGAUUAUUAUUUUCACGCAAGCCAAUCCUCAGAAAACAACAACAACAACAGCAGCAAAAACCGAAGAGUAAAACUGUUUCAUACUCUAGCAUAAAAGUCAGCAAAAGCAUUUACAUACGGAAGCAAAAUAGCGAUUAAUAUUCUCAAGGGUCUUCUUCGUUCGAGUGAUAAAUACUAACUACUGAUAAUUCCGUUUGUUUCGUUCCAAAAUUUCGUUUUCGAGAGCGCUAUCCCUAAUUAUGAUUAUCGUUUAAGUCAUGCACUAAAUUUCUAUCCUUUAUUGUGUGUUCUUGAUAUUUACUACUUUUAGAGAAACGAAGAUAUUGUUCGAAUGCGUUGUUAAAGUAAGUCCCAAAUAUUAUUUGUUCGAAUCGUUUAGUCAACAAUGAGAGAAAGAAAAAAGAAAAUGGAUACAACAACAAAAAAACAGCUAAUCUAUUAUCUAUCUACAACCAUUUACUAACGUAAGUGUUAGUUUUAAGAGCUAUAUCUAUUAAUUGAAGUAAAAACACAUUGUAAUAACAACUGUAGCACACACUAGUGCAUCACCAUCAUCACCGGAAAUAUGAAAUAAUGGUGAGUGUGUCGUUAUGUAGUUGAAACUGAAUCAAAGGCGGAAAUAAAGCAUUUUUUUCGUCCGUUUUCGACAGAA